CUUCUUUCUCUCCUCUCAGAUCUCCAGGAUGCUGGCAGCCAAAGCAUCUCUGGCGAUCCGCUACGAUGCCCUGGGAGAGGACACAAACGCUGAGAUGGGAGUUGAGAACCGUGCCAAGCUGGAGGCCAGACUACGCCACCUAGAGGAGAAGGGAAUCAGAAGAAUCAGUGGAACAGGCAAAGCCAUGGCGAAGUCUGACAAAUACCAACACAAGAGUGACGUGAAGGUGUACGACCCCUCAGGAGACUCCACCCUCCCCUCUGUUUCCAAGAAGAGGAAGUUUGAGGAGGUGGAGGAGGAAGAGGUGGCCACACCGGUGACAGUCAAAACCAAGAAACCCAAGAAAGAACCUGUGGAAGGUCAGUUGAGGAACUCUUAG